UGGCAAUGAUCCCAGAGCUCAUCCAGGAAUAGGAGCUAAUUCUGAGAAGCACCCAGCUGACUCAUCAGUGCUGCCAGCACUGCCAGCAUUCCAGUGCCACCACCAUCCCUCUGCUGCUGGAGGGGCCAUGACCCCUCAGGAAAGAGAAAGGAGGAGUGGUAGAAAGCUAUUGGGAGAGAGAAGGGAGUCAGAGAAUGGGACAUUCUGUAGGAAAGAGUGUUUCUAAUCAGAUGGAAAUGAGGAUCCAUUUGCAAAAUUCUUCAUCUGGACCUUUUGACAAAAGCCAAUUCCUCUGUGGCAAAGAAAAAAAAAAAAUCAAGAUGAAUACUGAGGGAAUGGAGCUCUGACAUAGCCAAAGUUGUAAAACCAUUUCUGCCUGCCCUGUGACCCCACCAAGCCUUGGGGAGCAACACUAGGACAGGGCAUGGAAAGGAGCCAGAGGGACAGGAGCUGUUGGUGAUCCGGGCACUUUCUCCUUCAUGUUACUGACCUGGGGGGGAUCCACUUUAGGAUACAGAUCCCAAAGGAGCAAGAAGUACCAGGAAGUGCUGCUGAUCUGGACAGACCCCCUUUGCCUGCUGCUGCCCCACAGUGAACAGGGAGCCAGUGAGGAGCUGCAUUGUCCAUCCCCGGAUUCUCCAUGCACUGACUUCCCAUCCACUCUCAUCACAGCUGGGGGCCACAUCCCACCGCCUGCCCAGUGUCCAUCCAUGGAGGUGAGCACUGUGUCCGUACCUCCCGCCUCAGCCACGGAAGGAGGUGAUCUGUGUGAAAUCAGUGUCAUCAACAUUGUCAUACACAAUGUGGCACUGUUCAUCUGCCUCUGUGGGCUGGUUGGGAACGUACCUGUCUUCUGGAUAUUCAGCGUCAGAAGUUGCACUGAAUUGCUGGCUGAUCUGACUACCACUGACUCCCUCUUCCUCUUCUUUGCGGUCCCCUACACCCUGCUCUGCCUGGUGAAUGACGUGUUCUGCUCCGCUUUGGUGCCCCUGAGGUACUUGAACUUGCUUUUCCAGCUGUCACUGUUUGUCUACCACACAGAGCUGUUAUGGCUGAUGAUCACCAACAUCAAGAGGUACUGGCCCAUCAGCUUCAUAUUCUGGCGCCACGUCUACCAAUACUUGAGCGAGUUGUGCAUGGUGAUAAGACCCCUGCACUGGGCCUUUUUCUAUGCUGUCAUUGAUGUCAUUCUAAUAGCAUAUUUCCCACGCCUUUCCCAAGUGAAAUGCCAGCUGGUUCGCAUGUCCUUGGACAUCCUCAACCACCUCCUCUUUGCUGCACCCUGGGUCAUUUCCACUGCAAUCCUCUACGUUAUGGUCGUUUUUUACCCCCCACAGGAGAAACCCUCUAGUCUCGAACGCAUUAUCUUCUUCUCUGCACUCUACUCCUUCCCCAUCAGCCUCUCCAAUUUCAUGGGGCACCUUGGCUACACUGUGGUGUCCUCUCAGGUGGUUUUCCUGUUCACCUGCAUCCAGACCAGCAUCAAACCCUUCAUCUACUUCUGGGUGUGGUGGGUUGAGUACAUAAUAGUAUGAUGCCGCUCCAUGUCCCUCUGGCUCUUCUUCCAGAGGGUUUCUGAGAAGCUGAAAGUCAACAUUGCCAGCAGCAAUGAUGCCACCAUGGACACAGCUGUCCCAGACUGUUGAUCCCCUCCACUACACUGAUGAAGGACCAGGACAGUUGCUGAGGAUUUCCUUGAGCCACUGGAUUAAUAAAUAUCCACAGGAUCACCCUCCCCUGCUGUAUUAUUGCAAGAGAGGGGAGCAGGGGCAUGUGGGACAGAUGUCCUGCAUGGAGCACACUGGAGUAUGGCUUUCCUCCUCCCUCACAGAUCCUAGAACACUACUCCGCCAGAGUGAUCCGGAGAGCUGUGAUGCCAAAAUUCCCCCUGGCACCUGGUUCCUGCAUCCUACUGUGGUCUGAUAUCAAUAAACAGCUUCAUUAACGCUGAGCUGCCUUCGCCCUCUCUGCCGAGAGUGUCACAGCAGAGAUGUCCCUGGUGGCACGGGGCAGGAGCGGGGCUGGAAGGGGGAAGGUGGCUCUGGGGUGUCAGAUGGUCAGGAAGGGUCUGGAUGCUGCCGAUCCCAAAUGUCACACCUGGAGGGCAGCAGAGCACAACGGGCAGUGCUUCAAGCUGGGGAGCAGCCACGGGAUGGGAUGGGAUGGGAUGGGAUGGGAUGGGAUGGGAUACCAAAAUCAGACAGAAUAAAUUAAUCUGAAAUAUUAGGCAGCAGGACACACAUUGUUUCUGUUUGUGGGGAGACUUUACUGCAGGGGUUUUAGUCAUUAUAACCAAACAUAAUAAUUCAAAAGUCUUUCUUGCCUUGUACAUAAACACCAUUUUCUUAGAACUGAUUUCAAUGCAUUCACUUCCUACUGGAAGUCCUUUGAUGCUCCUGGAGUUUCUUUAAGAGUGAUCUCUGGUGGUUAUAUUCACUGAAUGCUGCAAUAUUAAAGGUGACCUUGCCUUGAACUUUUCCUUUGGCCAUGCGCUGUUGCUUCUUGUCACAGAACUUGUCCCAAAACCACUGCAGGCCUCCUUAUCUGCUUCUUCACUGGCUCCAGCCACGUUUAUCAUCCUAUGUCAACAGCUUUGCAUUCUUUUACCUUUUUGGCCACUUAGGCUAUGAACAGUUCCAGGAGAGCUAAAAAUGUUUAUUUUCAAUGUUAUUGAUCAAUGUCCUGCCAACCCUCCCAACUCCUCUUCCCAGGCCACCAUUUCCACCGCCCUCUUCCCCUGCACAUCUCACUUCUCUCCAAUAAGUCCUUCCCACUGCAGGUCCUGCUGAGUCGUGUGGUCCAUUCCUGGGUUCUCCAACAACUGACUCCCAUCUGCUCUUACCACAGCCAGGGGCCACAUCCCACUGCCUGCCCAGCACCCAUCCAUGGAGGUGUGCACUGUGUCCCCAUCUCCCACCUCACCCAUGGAAGGAGACAAUUUAUGAGGGAACAAUGUCACUAAUAUGACCGUAGAUGGUGUCAACGUUGCUGAUCUGCCUCUGUGGGCUGGUCAGAAAUGGGGUUGUCAUCUGUGUCCUCUGCACAAACCCCACCACCUUUUAUAUCAUCAACCUGGCCUUCGGUGGCUUCCUCCUCCUCACGGUCCUCUCUUCCCUGCUCUACCUGAAGAAGGACAUGUGCUGCUCCACUGUCAUGCCCCCAACACACUUAGAGUCACUUUUCCACCUGUUGUAGUUCUCUUAGAACCUGGGGCCGUACCUCCUGACAGCCACCUGCAUUGGGAGAUGCAGAUCCAUCCUCUGUGGUGUUUCUCCCACCUGCCUUCCAGAGGGGGUUUGAGGAGCCAGAAGAAAACACUUCAUCCAGUGAUGAAAACAGUGCCCCCAGCGAUGAAAACACUGCCCCAGGUGAUGAAAACACUGACCCCAGCAAUGAAAACACUCCCUUCAGUGAUGAUGCCAUCAUGGACACAGCAGUCUGAGCCGGUUGAUCCCCUCUGCUGCUCUGCUGAAGGACCCUGGGACAGUGGCUGAGGGAUUCCUUGAGUCACCUGAUCAAUAAAUAUCCACAGGAUCACCCUCCCUGUGCUGGUGCAUCCCCCACCCCCUUUUCAGGCCACACUGGGGUCUCCUACAGGCUUGUGAGGCCUAAGCCUUGAGGAGCAGCCCCUGGGCUCAGCUCCUCUGGCACUGAUCAGAAAUGCCCUCUGCUCCCAGGAACUGCUGCUGUCCAACAACCUGCUGAGGUUUUGUGAACAGCCUUGGAAAUGAUUUUACAUCCCUGAAUGGCACAACAUCCCUGUUCUCACACUUCCACAGAAAGCAGCUGGCCCAAAGUGUGGCCAGGGUGAAACAUGGUUGUGACUGAAGCCCAUCUCUUGGGGCCCUGUGAGCAGCGGUCUAAAAUGAGACCCUUGGAGCUCUGCUGGGCCCCAGCAGCGCUGGCCAGAACCUCCCUCGCAGUGGAGUGAAAAAAAACCACAGUGUGAGGGAAACAAAAAUUAACAAAGGGCUCAUGAGUAGAGAUGAGGACUGGGAGAAAAAACACUCUAAGAGUAAAAAAUAAAAGGUUCAAAUUUAAUGGUAUUAAGUAAAUUUAUUAUUAACAGAGUCGGAGGACAAUAAUGAGAAAUAAAUAAGACGUUAAAAGACUUUUUUCCCCCCAGCUUCAUCCCCCCAACAGUGGAGGGAGUCGGGGCAUAGGGGUUUUGGUCAGUUUGUCACUUGAGAUCUUCUUCUGUUUGCUCAGGGAGAGGAGUUUUUUCUGCUAUGUAAUUGGGUCUCUCCCAUGGAAACACUUCUCCAUGAACAAUAAAACAUGGUUUAGCUGGGAGAAACCUGGGUUAACCAUUAAACUAAGAUAGACAACAUAUUCUGGUAAUAUUAAAAGAACAAAACACCUAUACCAAGAUGUAAUAAAUUGGAAGCACUUUCAGGAGUAUCUAUAAAAAAGUACCAAAACACCUAUAUCAAGGUGUAAUAAAUUUGGAGCACUUUUGGGAGUAUCUAUAAAAAAUCUUGGAUAUUAUUGUGUAUAAAAAUGCCUGAAAAUUGUUGUUCCUUUGAACAUGUGUAUGGCAAAUAUAUUUCCAAUAUGUUCACA